AUGGUCCGGGCUAUGGUGAUGUGGUUUCUUUUGCCACAGGUUGCUGGUGCCUGGAAAGAGCACGUGCUGGAGCUGCCGGAUGGUGGUCGCUUGGGCCUCUCGACCAGAGGACGCAGCCUGCGAGUGCGGUGGCCACCGGGUGGCGAAGACAUUCGAGAGGUUUCUCCAGCUGACCCCGAUGCAGCAUUUCAUGUUGUCUCCUCAGCAGACGGGGAGGGCAUCGCUGUACCGGAGCUGGGCUCGCUGGCGCUCUCCAAGCAAGGUCUUUUGCAGCUGCGCGACGCCCGCGGCGCGCUGCUCACACAGACAGAGCCGCUGGGGCGCUGCAGGGCGCUGAAAGGGCAGCGGCCGCAGGGUGGACACGUGCUCCGACAAGCGACCUUGGACGCUGGAGCCUGCUGCCAGGCUUGCCUCCAGGAUGGAAACUGCACUGAUUGGUCCACUAGCAGAGGGACUUGUGUUCUCCUCAAAGAUGCGGCAGGCUGGUAUGCCGACGAAGGAGCAAUGGCUGGAAGGCCUGGCUUGAUAAUCUUCAACAGUUCCACAAGAGGACUCUACGGCCGUGGUGCUGGGCCGGCCGAUGCCGAGAUGCUGCUGGCGGAGGGAUCGGCGGUGUCGCUGGCCAACCGCGCGACUUACGUUCCAUAUUUCUACAGUCGCGAUGGCUACGCGGUGUUGGGGCACAGCAACGUCACACACUUCAACAUGAUGGCCGUGAGGUACCAGUCCUUUCCGGAGCAGGGCCGCAUUGCCUGGGCCUUCGAGGGUGCCUUCCAGUUGCACUUCAUGUUGGCUCCCAGCUUGGCUGAAGGCACGAAGGCCUACUAUGCCCUGACUGGGAGACCACCAGUGCCGCCCAGGCACGCCUUCGGGUUCAUGGCCUGCCGCUGGGGCUGGCCGAAUCAGAGGUACUUGGAAGAAACGGUGCAAAGGUUCCGCGAGGGACACUUCCCGCUGGAUUCGGUGAUCCUGGACUUCGAAUGGUUCGCCAACAGUUCGGACUAUGCUUUUACUGAGCAGGGCGAAGCGUGGUACGAAGACUUUGGCUGGAACCCUGAGCUCUUCCCAUCGCCGGCCCAGCAGCUGAAGACCUACCUCUUGGACCAGCAGCUUUUUGUCGCUGGCAUCCGAAAGCCCCGCCUGGGAAACCGACAGCUACUGCACUUGGCCAAGGAGAGAAAGUGGAUUGCACCUGAAGGCGGUCCCGAGACUUAUGCCAAAGGCCGUUGGCUCCGGUUCUCAGACCCAACGAUGCAGAGGUGGUACGCUCAACAGAUGCAGCACUAUGUUGAUAGUGGCAUCUCCUUCUGGUGGAACGAUGAAGGAGAGAACUUCUAUUACACCUAUCAUGAAUGGAAUCUGGCAGAGCAUCAGCUCGAGACUGAGGAGCAUCGAUUCUUUUCGCUGAACCGCGCCUUCACUCCUGGCAUGGCACGCUUGGGCACCGGCGUUUGGACCGGCGAUGUCGGUUCCACUUGGGAGGACCUGAGGAAGACUCCCGGGAUGAUGCUGAACUGGGCUCUCGCCGGUGCGCCGUACGUGGCCUGCGACAUUGGAGGCUUCUUUGGGAACCCGUCCUCCGAGUUGCUGACACGCUGGUUCCAGGUGGGUACAUUCAUGCCUUUAAUGCGGACACAUUCUCACCACGACUCGGUGCCACAUUGGCCGUGGCUCUAUCCUGAUGGAGAGAUCAUGUACCUUGGAGCAAAGCUUGGGGCACCUGGCUCUCUAAGUGUUGGAUGUGUCUCCUUUCACCACUGUUAA